GAAUGUAUUUCGAAAAUUCUUUGUGUCAUUUUUAACAAACGAAACUUUUGCACCGUCAUUUUUUACUGCAAUAAUAUUUAAUUAUAAAUUGCGGAACGUAGAAUACAAAUAAUAAGAUGACCGUCACUAAUAGGAUGGAAAUCGACGCAGCUCUGAAGGGAGAGGGUUUCCGUUCGUAUUACAUUCAGAAGAUAGAGGAACUGCAGUUGAUUGUUGCAGAAAAAGGUCAAAAUUUGCGCCGUCUGCAAGCACAGCGGAAUGAACUUAAUGCAAAAGUUCGUAUGCUUCGCGAGGAACUUCAGUUGUUGCAAGAGCAGGGCAGUUAUGUAGGCGAAGUCGUUAAACCAAUGGACAAAAAGAAAGUAUUGGUAAAGGUACAUCCAGAGGGUAAAUUUGUUGUGGAUAUUGACAAGAAUAUAGAUAUCAACGACGUAACCCCCAAUUGUCGUGUAGCUCUACGAAAUGAGAGCUAUACGUUGCAUAAAAUUUUGCCCAACAAAGUUGAUCCACUGGUAUCGCUUAUGAUGGUUGAGAAAGUCCCUGACUCCACUUAUGAAAUGGUUGGCGGUUUAGACAAACAAAUUAAGGAAAUAAAAGAAGUUAUCGAAUUACCAGUCAAGCAUCCCGAGUUGUUUGAUGCAUUAGGUAUAGCUCAACCCAAAGGUGUGCUUUUAUAUGGACCCCCUGGCACGGGAAAGACUCUACUAGCUCGGGCGGUGGCCCAUCAUACAGAAUGUACAUUUAUUCGAGUGUCUGGCUCGGAAUUGGUUCAAAAAUUCAUCGGUGAGGGCUCUCGUAUGGUGCGUGAACUAUUCGUCAUGGCGCGGGAGCAUGCUCCAUCUAUUAUUUUUAUGGACGAAAUUGACUCUAUUGGUUCGUCGCGUAUCGAAUCAGGUUCAGGAGGUGACUCUGAAGUUCAACGUACUAUGUUAGAGUUACUAAAUCAAUUGGACGGUUUUGAAGCAACGAAAAAUAUUAAAGUCAUUAUGGCUACAAAUCGUAUUGAUAUUCUGGAUCCUGCACUUCUUAGGCCUGGACGCAUCGACCGUAAAAUUGAAUUUCCACCACCAAACGAAGAAGCUCGCUUGGAUAUUUUAAAAAUUCAUUCUCGAAAAAUGAACUUGACUAGGGGCAUCAAUUUGCGAAAAAUAGCUGAAUUAAUGCCUGGAGCAUCGGGAGCCGAGGUGAAGGGUGUCUGUACAGAAGCGGGCAUGUAUGCUUUGCGUGAACGACGCGUUCAUGUAACCCAAGAAGAUUUUGAAAUGGCCGUUGCUAAGGUAAUGCAAAAAGACUCUGAGAAGAAUAUGUCGAUUAAAAAAUUGUGGAAGUAAAAUAUGUAUAUUCAGCUUUCUUAUAUGUAUGAAAAAUCAAUUGAAAAUAAAAUUAAAAUAAUAAAAUAAA